AUGGAGCUGGAGUUUGAAGCAAGCAUUGCGAGGUUGGAGGCAAUGUGCGACACGCUGUGCGCAAGCACGCGCGACCGCCUGACGCGUCGCGUGAACCGAAUUCCCGCCACUCUACGCGCCACACCCAUCAUCGACAUUCUGGCACCAUCUCCCGCCACGGCACCUUCUACAGCUGUUGCCAGUGCUCCCGCGGUUUCUUCUUCGUCGGCCACGCAUUCAGCGUCGGUCUCGCGUACCAAACCGACAACAAAGCCAAUUGCCAAAAAGGCCCUGAAUGCCUCCAGGAAGGCCAAUCCCGCUCCGACUGCUGCGAAAGCGAAGCCGGCUCCCAAGCCGGUCACUAAGACCUCUACAUCGCCUCCGCCUAGCAGGCACACCGCGAUGAGGUCCAAGAAGAGGACCAGCGAAGACAUUUCCAGUGAGAACAAGGAAAACUCUCCCGUCGUGAACAACAAACGCGCCCGCACGAAUGCCGUCACCAAGACGGCAACCAAGACAAAGGCGGCACCUACGACCCGAGCAACUCGAGCAGCCUCUCGCCAGCAGAGUGCGCAGAUCCUCUCGCCCAAAAAUGACAACGUUCGACAAAAGGGCACGAAAACCAACACUCGCCCACGCUAG